ACCCUUCUCGCAAAGCACACAACCACACAAUUCAAUUCAAUUCAGACACAAGCUUCAACAUCUCUUGCUAGCAAGUAGCAAGUCCGGUCUAGCUAGAGAAAUCAAGAAGAAGACGGCGGCGAUGGCGGAGAGGGUGUCAAGGCUGUCAACGGAGAAGGCGGUGGUGAUCUUCACGAGGAGCCAGUGCCCGAUGUGCCACACGGUGUUGAGCCUCUUCUCCGAGCUCGACGUGUGCGCAGUGGUGCACGAGCUGGACAAGGACCCGCGCGGCCGCGACAUGGAGCGGGAGCUCGCCCGCCGCCUCGGCCGCGCGCCGCCGGUCCCUGCCGUCUUUGUCGGCGGCAACCUCAUUGGCUCCACUGACAAGGUCAUGUCGCUGCACCUCGCCAGCAAGCUGGUGCCCAUGCUCAAAGCCGCCGGCGCCAUAUGGCUCUGAAUCUCCAUCCAUCCAUCCAUCCAUCCAUCCAUGAUGACAACACGCCGUAAAUUUUGCUGGGUUUAUAAAAAAAAUUCACACCUUAUUAGCUUGCCUAGAGGGAAACUAACUAAUUGCAGGCAUCUAAAUUAAGACUUAAGUUCCCCUCAAAAAAAAUAAACUAAGACUAAAUGAUACACUACAGAAUAUGUUCACAAGUCAUAGAUAUAUAUGAAUAUGAGGCGCCUUUGUGGGCCGUCCGAUCGAAACGGAGGUGGUUAGGAUUAUAGGAUAUAAACCAAAUAUGUGAGAGGUUUUAUUUUUUCCGCUGGUGUAACUGCAGGGCUAAAAAGGGUGCAAAGGUACUUGUAGCCUCCCCUUUCCAGUUUUUCCAAUGAGAUAUGAAUUUUGAGUUACCUCU